AUGCUCCAAGCAGCACUGAACUGCAGAGCAGGCAUCCGAGAUACGGUCACGGUAGCGCACCUUAACACUGACCAGAUCACGCAGUUGGUUUCAGUCGCGACUGUAAACCUGUUUUCAACAUGCGCAGGAAUGCAGCCAUACCUCUAUGGAGUCAAUGCUGCGGCAUACAUGAAGAAAGUUGUCCACUUGCGGCUCACAAAGGCAGACCGCUCUUUGGUGCUGCAACCGUUCCGACCUACGCCGUUACAGAGCCAUUUUUCUGAGAGCACUCUCUGUCCUGUAGUUGAUUUUCAGCCCUCGCCUGAGAUCCGCGACCAAUUUCUACUCAUCGGAGACAAGAUCGACGCCAACGCGUUCUCCCGGGACCUUGUGCUUAAUACGGUCGUCGAGGUUCCUGACCGCAAUGUGGCGGUGCCUAUCUGGGGACAAUUCCAGCAACUGCACGAGGGCUCACAAUCCAACAUGUUCACCACUGACGCUCAGGUGCCGCGGUCGACGAACGAUAAAGGCUGGGUCUUCUGCGAGAUCAACCGAGUAAAUCGUGACUUUCAGUUCUGGGCUGCCGACCCUGUUGAGGAGGCCCUCUCGCGGCAACUAUUGCGGCGCAUACAGGAAUGGAGUACCGGCAACGGCCUCUCCUAG